AUGUCUGCACCGCUCGCCGACCUCUCACCGUCAAGACAUAAUUCUAGACUGCUGAAUCGCAACACGGACAACGAUAUCGAUACAAAAUCUCCGACGCUUCAAAAAGUGCCCGCAGCAAUGCUCUCACCCUCAGCCACUUCAACGCCGGAUGAAGGCGAAAACAGCCCUAUGUCGAGCCCUAAGAGGGGCUUCUCGCCUGUCAAGUACCGCCUACAAGAAGAUAAUACCAUCACGAGCUCACCGCCUGAUUCCCCCGCAGAAGGCACUGUGCGCAUCAAUGAUGGCCUGACGCGUGCCAUUGGGCAGAUGGAGCAGGAAGCGCAAAGCAGAAGUAGCACACAUCAGACGCAAGACGAGCACAUGAGCACUAUAUACCGUGCCUCCGCAGGAGACUCAACCAUCCCUGAAGAUGGCGAAGGCGAUAACAUUGACUUCACCUUAGACCUCACUCAGGGUACCCAGAACUUCGGGGGCGAUGAGACAAUCGGCGACUUGAGCAGUAUAUCGGCCAUCCCUCCAGAUAUGACUCGAUUUGCCAAUUUGCGCAACUCGCCUACCAAAUCAUCCCGUGAGCAAUGGUCGCCAUCCAAACAACUGCGCGGCUCUGUACUCCUCAACACUCCUGGUACUGCUCAACGUCCACUGCAACUCCUUUCAAGAACAAACUCCAUCAACGAGGAGAAUGAAGAAACACCACGAAGGCCAAGAGAUUCGAACGAUUCUCCUACGGAUCUGCUCAAUUUCACCGGCCAAACAAACGUUCUCAUUCCUCCGCCAGGCUCUGCUCCCCGAACCUCUCGCCGGAGUCCUUCGGGUCGUGGAGCGUUCCCAAUCAAAGUCAACCCGACGCCCACACACCGAGCUCAGGCUUCGGUGGAUAGAGAGCGCGCUGGUGGAAAGGCGUCGGACAAGUCGGUACCAGCAACACCUUCUCAAAACCGGCAUGCGCACCGCCACAGCAUGUUCGGCGCACCUAAUGGCCUCGGCAUGGAUUUGCUUGAUCUUGAUAUGGAGCCUAUGGCGACACCCCGUUCUAUUCCCACGGUCACACCUAGAGAGCUAGAAUCUCUUCGUUCUGAAUUACAAUCCAAGAUCUCUGGUCUCGAGGCCACCCUGUCGGGCAAGGAGGCUGAGGUGAAAGCUUUGACUCGGGCUAUAACAGACGCCGAGGUUCGAGCUGGGAAGGUGAGCGAAGAGCUGCGAGGCGAGCGUGCAGCGAGAGAGGAGGUGGAAAACUCCAAAGAGGAGAUGGAGCGCCGGAGCCGAGAGAUGGAGGAAGUGCUGCGGGAGAUCAAGCAGAAUGCCUUUGUCGAAGAACGCGAACGCGAGAAACUCAAGAGGCAGAUUGAGGAGGCGGAUCGCAACGCCGAAGAAGCCGAAGUUCGCAUUCUAGAGCUCAACUCUUCUCUGGAUGCCCUUCGCUCUGAUCGCUUAAACUCUACACCAAGCCCAGCAAAGCAUCCUUCGACACCUGGCGCGACCAUCGAUGUCGAUACUGCUGUCAAGAAUGCUACUGAGAGUGUUGCACGAGAGCUGCAUGCACUAUACAAGACGAAGCACGAGCGCAAAGUUGCGGACCUCAAAGUCAGCUACGAGAAGCGGUGGAUCAAGCAAGUCGAACAGCUACGAGCGGAUCUCAAGGCAUCUCAGGAUGAAGUUGUUAAGCUGCAGACCGAGAAGGAAGCGACGAUGAGUGGUGUCAUUCCGGGUCAGGGCGAUGCAAUAAUGAAAAUGGAAGGCCAGAUUGAAGAGCUCCGGAGAUGGAACGAGGAUUUGACCGCACAGAAGAAGGUGGUGGAAGCCGAAUCUGCGGGUUGCAAGAGUCAGAUCGAAACUCUGAUGACGGAAACCGACUCACUUCGAAGUGAGCUCGAGCAAGAGCGGGUGGAGAAGGGCGAACUGGUGGUUCAGAUUGAUGAGUUCUUACUUCUCAAGGCGGAAGAGGAAGAGAUUCAGGCUGAACGCGCUCGGACUCAGGCGCAACUGCAGCAACCUGUCAGUCCACCCCGGAGUGAGGAUGGCAACAAUACCAGGCCCCACUCUGUCACCUCGAUACAAAGCCCCGGCAAGUCACGCAACAGCGCCACCAGUGAUACUCCUGCGACUGGCCGCACACCGGGGAGGCCAAGACCAAUGAGCAUGCUACAAGCCCCGAAGGGCGGCAAGUUCUCUGGCAUUCCAGCUCCUGGCUCCGGUCUCAAGGCACCUAGCAAUGUAGCGCGAAACAUGGGAUACUCUGGCAGAAGCGGAGGCUUGAUGGAGGGCAUCGCGCGUAUGGGUGCCGGCGGGCGAUGA